AUGAAGCUAUCGUUUGUUGCUUUUGCUGCCACCAUAGUACCCAUGUCAGGUUUCGUGGGUGCUGCUGUAUGCGAUAAUCCCACCAAGGUUGAUCGCUGUGACAACAAGAAAUGCACCUUUGAUGUUUUUCAUUACCCUUUGGAUAAAGAUGGUGUUGAAGAUACGUACAAGCGCUCUUGCGUUCUGCACGAUGAUUCUGUUAAAUGCCAUGAGCAGUUUAAUCACGAGGAAGAAUGUCUAGCCAACCAAUGCGUAUGGGAGUAUUACAGACGUAAACACAAGGAGGGGGGUUGGUUAACCGUACCACGCUGUGUUGAUAAUCUACCUUGCGAUGCUUAUGGUACCCCAAAGACAAAAGAAUUUUGCGAGUCAUUGGAUUAUUGCCGAUGGAAUGAAAAGUGGGGCUGUAUCGAGCGUACUUAG